AUGAAUACCGCAUUCCAAAAGGCGCUGCAAGAAAUCGCGCAGAUUAUUACCCAAGUCGCCAACGGAGAUUUACGGACAAAGGUCCCCGUCAAUCCAUUGGAAACGGACUCCGAUAUUAUCACGUUCAAGGUCACGAUGAACACCAUGCUCGACCAACUGCGAGUUUUCGCAAGUGAGGUAUCAAGGGUGGCAUGGGAAGUAGGAACUGAAGGUCUUCUUGGUGGCCAGGCCGAAGUGGCUGGAAUGCACGGGGUAUGGAAAGAGGUCACCGACAACGUCAACACGAUGGCACUAAACUUGACGAACCAAGUUCGCGAAAUCGCAACAGUUACGACGGCGGUAGCCCACGGGGACCUGCGUCAGAAAAUCGAAAGGACGGCCAGGGGUGAAAUAUUCCAGCUGCAGGACACAAUCAAUACCAUGGUAGACCAGCUGCGACAAUUUGCCACGGAAGUGAGCCGUGUUGCGCGCGAUGUGGGUAUUGAAGGCGUUCUCGGCGGCCAGGCCCAGGUAUUUGGCACUCAAGGGCUGUGGAAUGAGCUGACAGCGAACGUCAACGCAAUGGCCAACAACCUAACGACGCAGGUUCGUGAUAUAAAAACUGUCACCACCGCAGUUGCCAAUGGAGACCUCACGCAGAAAGUACAAGCAGACUGUAAAGGGGAGAUCAUGGCUUUGAAGAAUAUUAUCAACUCCAUGGUGGACCAACUCCGACAGUUUGCCCAGGAGGUUACCAAAAUUGCAAGGGAAGUCGGGACAGAUGGUGCCCUAGGGGGACAGGCAACGGUCCAUGGAGUUGAGGGCGUGUGGAAGGAUCUCACAGAAAGUGUUAACAGAAUGGCAAUGAACCUGACGAACCAGGUUCGGGAGAUUGCAGAUGUAACCACGGCGGUUGCUCGGGGUGAUCUUACCAAGCAUAUCACAGCAAACGUGAAUGGGGAGAUUCUAGGCCUCAAGGAAACUAUCAACGGGAUGGUGGACCAGUUGAACCAGUUUGCCUUCGAAGUUUGCAAAGUGGCUCGAGAAGUUGGUGUGGGCGGAACCCUUGGAGGCCAGGCAGUGGUUGCCAAUGUGGAGGGGCAGUGGAAGGUGCUGACGGACAAUGUUAACAUGAUGGCAGACAAUCUAACAUCACAAGUACGAGCCUUUGGGCAGAUCACCAAUGCGGCCACUGAUGGUGACUUCAGCAAGUUAAUUACUGUGAGCGCGUCGGGUGAAAUGGACGAACUGAAGCAAAAGAUCAAUAAGAUGAUAUCUAGCUUGCGUGACAGCCUCCAGCGCAACACCGCAGCUAAAGAGGCGGCAGAGUUUGCCAACCAGAGUAAAUCGGAAUUUCUGGCGAAUAUGAGCCAUGAGAUUCGGACGCCAAUGAAUGGGAUCAUUGGAAUGACCCAACUAGCUCUGGAUACGGAUGAUCUCGCACCCCCCACCAGAGAGAUGUUGAAUGUGGUCCAUAACCUCGGGGAUAGCCUGUUAGUAAUUAUUGAUGAUAUCCUGGACAUCUCAAAAAUUGAAGCCAAUCAUUUGAAGAUUGAGGCUGUUCCAUUCAGUCUAGGGCAAACUAUUUUCAAAGCGCUCAAAAUUCUCGCGGUUGAAGCCAGCGAACGAGGCCUCCAGCUCACAUACCGUAUUAACAGCUCAGUUCCUGACUAUAUCGUUGGAGAUGCCUUCCGUCUGAGGCAGAUCAUCCUCAACCUAAUUGGGAAUGCUAUAAAAUUUACCGAGGCUGGUGAGAUCCAGCUCACGAUUAGCGAGGGAAACCCUUCCGGCUCUCCAUAUACGUACAUGCUGCAAUUCUCCGUUUCAGACACCGGGAUCGGGAUCGAUAGGAGUAAAUUGGACGUGAUUUUCGACAAGUUUCAGCAAGCAGAUGGUUCCAUGACGAGAAAAUUUGGCGGUACUGGUCUUGGCUUAUCUAUCUCAAAGAAGCUGGUCAAUUUAAUGGGAGGGGAUAUUUGGGUCUCAUCGGCCGUAGGCGUAGGGAGCACCUUCCACUUCACAUGCGCCUUUUCGUCUCUGAAUCCACCGAUCACAGAUAUUCUAAAUAAGCUUACGCCUUUUAACAGCUGUCGAGUCCUGUUCGUCGAAAUCCCCAGCGGGAGCAACAAUCAGGAUUCGGAGGUAAUCAAACAGGCCUUACUCAAGUUUGGUCUCCACAUUGAUACCGUGCAUCUAACAGAUGCUGCUUCGGUUCCUGGAGCCCUGAUUUCGCACUUCCAAGAUCCAUGCUGGCAGUAUGAUGCCUUGCUGGUCCAAUCGACAGAAUGUAUACCUCAUUUCCGAGACUUUGAUAAGUUCAAAGCUCUCCCCGUCGUUCUGGUUUGCCCCGUGCUGUCGGUGUGUAUGAACUCCGCAUUAGAUUUGGGUAUCACAUCAUACGUGACGACGCCCUGUCGCCCAGUUGAUCUCGUUAACGGUAUACUUCCUGCUCUCGAGAGCCGACCUUCACGCAAUAAAUCGGAGCAAACACGUCCCUUAGUCAUCUUACUUGCUGAAGACAAUGAGGUCAAUCAAAGAGUCGCCCGCAAGGUAUUGGAAAAGUACCACCAUAAUGUCACUGUUGUAGGAAAUGGACAGGAAGCCCUAGACGAGGUGCGACGCAAACAAUACGAUGUUGUUUUGAUGGACGUUCAAAUGCCUGUCAUGGGUGGAUUUGAGUCGACAGUCAGAAUUCGGGAGUAUGAGAGAGUCCAUAAUCUUCCACACACCCCUAUCAUCGCCCUCACCGCUCAUGCAAUGUUCGGUGAUCGAGAAAAAUGCAUCACAUCUGGAAUGGAUGACUACCUUCCAAAGCCGCUUAAUCAGAGUCAAAUGAUGGAAAUGGUUCACAAAUAUGGUGCUCGAGAUGGCUUCUGUUGA